AGCACAGCAUCAUCAACCUUCCUGUCGCCCUGUAUAGACGAUUCUCCCCUCCCGCCUUUCUCCCACAACAACAAUAGACAAAAUGCGCACCUCGAUGCUCCGCACCACCGGCACCGCCGCCGCCGCCCUGCGCUCUUCCGUGCGCGCAACCCAGACCCGCCGUGCCCACGCCAUCUCCAACCCUACCCUCGCAAACAUUGAGAAGAGAUGGGAGGCUAUGCCCCCUCAGGAGCAGGCCGACCUCUGGAUGGCCCUCAGAGACCGCAUGAAGGUUGACUGGACCGAGAUGACCCUGCAAGAGAAGAAGGCCGCAUACUGGAUCGCUUUCGGUCCCCACGGUCCCCGCGCCCAAACUCCUCCCGGUGAGGGCAAGCAGGUCUUCUGGUACACCAUGGGUGGUCUCGGUGUCACCGCCGUUCUGUUCUUCGGUAUCCGCGCCGGUGCCAGAGGCUCACCCCCAACCAUGACCAAGGAGUACCAGGAGGCCUCCGACGCAUACCUCAAGGAGAACAACGUCGAGCCCAUCACUGGUAUCUCUGCCGAGGACUACAAGGGUGGCUUCAUGGUCCAGAGCAAGCCUGCCCAGAAGUAAACGCCUUUUUAAUCGAAAGGUGCUAUACUGCUGUAUUCAUGAGGGAGCCAACCGGGCGUGCCAUCGACGCCGUCGUAGUAUACCGACUGGACGAAGAGAAGGUUACACGUCAUUUUGGAGCCCGCUUAUUAGAAGCAACGACGAAAAAAGAUCCCUUGUACCUCUUUUUUU